UUAUUUUUUUUAUUAAAUAAUAAUAUAUUAUUUUUAUUACUAUACAAUAGUAUAUUCAUAUUUUUAUAAUAUAUGAAGUAGGCAACUAUCUAAAAUGGCGCCAUUUACACGCGUACAGGUUGAAAAAUGUGAAAAGUGUUCGGUCUAUUAUCCUGCUAAAUCUGAACAUGAAUGUUUACCUGUAGUUAUUGCUGUUGAGGAACCUAAAAAAUUUAGAAAGAUUUUACCGGCUGUGCCCGUUGAAAAAGGAGCAUUGCUGUUAUCAAGUGAUGAUGACGUUGGAGAUAACAAAGUAAAAGACAGAGUAAAAGAUUUCAAUUUGACUUCUGGUUUAAUAAGCGCUAUUAAGGAUCGUCCGCCGUUGUUUGAUCAUAAAAUGAUGAUGUCAGAAAGGUCGGAAUCAAUUAAAAACAAACUUUGGAAUGAAGUAUAUGCUGAACUGCAAGGUCAGAUUACAAUUGAUGAAUUAAAAAAAAAAUGGAAAUACUUAAAAGAAAAAUAUGUACGUGAAAAGCAAAAACAAAAAAAAAAUGGAAUUUCAAAAAUAGGUAGAAGAUCAAAAUGGUUGCAUUACAAUCAAUUGUUAUUUUUGGAUGAAGCUAUAACACAAUAUCAUGAUAAAAGGACUACUAAUAUUAUAGAUUCAAAUGUAGAUAAUCCUGCUGAAGACACUCCUCAAAGUUUAACUUCUGCUAAAGAGCAAAAAAGAAAAGAAAAAAAUGAUCAUAAYUAUCCACGACCCUUGUUAAAUGAGCAUAAAAUGUCAAGGCCUUCAUUAUCAACAGAAYUAAAUGAGGAUCUAGGUGAUUCUGAUAUUGCUUUUGGAAAUUACUUAUUAACAUUAAUGAAAGACUUACCUAUCCAAAAGAGAAAAAAGCUUCAAUGUCAGUUUAUAACAUCUGUUAUAACUGCUCAGGAUCUAGAGUGAUGCAUUAUGAUUACAUUUUUUAUUAUAUAAUAUGGGYCGAUUCAUAAAUAUAUUUAAUUAUAUUUGUGUGAA